UCUCCACCAUAUAAACAAUCCAACAGCCUCAUUGAAUCACUGCUGUGCAGGGCAGGAAAGCUCCACGCACACAGCCCAGCAAACAGCAGCACACACCUGAAAGGAAGACUCAGAGGAGAGAGAUAAGGAAGGAAAGUAGUGAUGGAUCUCAUCCCAAACUUGGCCGUGGAAACCUGGAUUCUCCUGGCUGUCAGCCUGGUGCUCCUCUAUCUAUAUGGAACCCAUUCACAUGGACUUUUUAAGAAGCUUGGAAUUCCAGGGCCCACACCUCUGCCUUUUGUAGGAAAUAUUUGGUCCUACCGUAAGGGCUUUUGGACGUUUGACAUGGAAUGUUAUAAAAAGUAUAGAAAAGUCUGGGGUUUUUAUGACUGUCAACAGCCUGUGCUGGCUAUCACAGAUCCCGACAUGAUCAAAACAGUGCUAGUGAAAGAAUGUUAUUCUGUCUUCACAAACCGGAGGCCUUUCGGGCCAGUGGGAUUUAUGAAAAGUGCCAUCUCUAUAGCUGAGGAUGAAGAAUGGAAGAGAAUACGAUCAUUGCUGACUCCAUCUUUCACCAGUGGAAAACUCAAGGAGAUGGUCCCUAUCAUUGCCCAGUAUGGAGAUGUGUUGGUGAGAAAUCUGAGGCGGGAAGCAGAGACAGGCAAGCCUGUCACCUUGAAAGACGUCUUUGGGGCCUACAGCAUGGAUGUGAUCACUAGCACAUCAUUUGGAGUGAACAUCGACUCUCUCAACAAUCCACAAGACCCCUUUGUGGAAAACACCAAGAAGCUUUUAAGAUUUAAUUCAUUAGAUCCAUUCACUCUCUCAAUAAAAAUCUUUCCAUUCCUUACCCCAAUUCUUGAAGCGUUAAAUAUCACUGUGUUUCCAAGAAAAGUUACAAGUUUUCUAACAAAAUCUGUAAAACGGAUAAAAGAAGUUCGCCUCAAAGAGACACAAAAGCACCGAGUGGAUUUCCUUCAGCUGUUGAUUGACUCUCAGAAUUCGAAAGACACUGAGUCCCACAAAGCUCUGUCUGAACUGGAGCUCGUGGCCCAAUCAAUUAUCUUUAUUUUUGCUGGCUAUGAAACCACGAGCAGUGUUCUCUCCUUCAUUGUGUACGAACUGGCCACUCACCCUGAUGUCCAGCAGAAACUGCAGAAGGAAAUUGAUACAGUUUUACCCAAUAAGGCACCACCCACCUAUGAUACUGUGCUACAGAUGGAGUAUCUUGACAUGGUGGUGAAUGAAACACUCAGAUUAUUCCCAGUUGCUAUGAGACUUGAGAGGGUCUGCAAAAAAGAUGUUGAGAUCAAUGGGAUGUUCAUUCCCAAAGGGGUGGUGGUGAUGAUUCCAAGCUAUGUUCUUCAUCAUGACCCAAAGUACUGGACAGAGCCUGAGAAGUUCCUCCCUGAAAGGUUCAGUAAGAAGAACAAGGACAACAUAGAUCCUUACAUAUACACACCCUUUGGAACUGGACCCAGAAACUGCAUUGGCAUGAGGUUUGCUCUCGUGAACAUGAAACUUGCUCUAGUCAGAGUCCUUCAGAACUUCUCCUUCAAACCUUGUAAAGAAACACAGAUCCCCCUGAAAUUACACUUCGGAGGACUUCUUCGAACAGAAAAACCCAUUGUUCUAAUGGCUGAGUCAAGGGAUGAGACCGUAAGUGGAGCCUGAUUUCCCUAAGGACUUCUGCUUUGCUCUUCAAGAAAGCUGUGUGCCAGAACACUAGAGACCUCAAAUUGCUUUGUGAAUAGAACCCUGAAAUGAAGACGGGCUUCAUCCAAUGUACUGAAUAAAUAACUGGGGAUUCUGUACAUGCAUUGUGCUCUCUCAUGGUCUGUGUAGAGUGUUAUACUUGGUAAUAUAGAGGAGAUGAGCAAAUCAGUGCUGGAGAAGUAGAUUUGGCUCCUCUCCUUCUCAUAGGACUAUCUCCACCACCCCCAGUUAGCACCAUUAACUCCUCCUGAGCUCUGAUAACAUAAUAAACAUUUCUCAAUAAUUUCAACCACAAUCAUUAAUGAAAAUAGGAAUUAUUUUGAUGGCUCUAACAGUGACAUUUAUAUCAUAUGUUACAUCUGGAGUAUUCUAUAGUAAGUUUUAUAUUAAGCAAAUCAAUAAAACCUCUUUACAAAAGUAU